AUGAUCCUAGAAGGAGGUAAUUGAUUGGUCAGUAGCAGGGAAAGAGGUCACUGAUUGGCCAUGAAAGCAGAAGUGCAGUUCAGUCACUGACCUGAAGUCAGCAUGUAAUAGUGAUGAUUCCGUAGGGUUGAAUCAGACGAGAGUGAGACUGAGAAAGAGGGAGAGAUUAAGACAAAGAGAGGACAAGAGCGAAAGGUAGGGUAAGAGAGAGGCGAUUGAAGGAAAGACAGACAGACUGAGAGCUAGAAAGAGUUGGAGGAAGGGAGAGAUUGAGAGAGGAAGAGAGUAGGGUAGAUUCAGAGGGAGGAAGAAGUAGUAUUGUGGUCAAGUACAUAUUGUGUUGAAUUGAAAGACAGGGUGGAGGGCCACUAUUUAGACAUAACAUAGGCCUGAGAUUGACCCUUCACAAGAAAUAACCUCGCCUCUCCUCUCAAUGUCUACAUGUCUACUUGUUCAUUGUUUUACCCAUUGAAUCAUAAAGGGGUGUAUUUCUGUUCUCUGAGAAGUUGUCUGAAUGUAACUAGGGAAGUGCUCUGGGUUAAAAUGUCACAGUUACUGUUGCUAAUGCCCAAUAGUUAUUUUAGAAUGUUUAAGGUCAGGGUUAAUAAUUCACUAAUAGGUUUGACUUGUUGACUUGUUGGAGUUACAUCUCCAUUAUAUCCCAUGGUUGGGGACCAUGUGACCCAAGCAGGAAAAUCUCUGGGCCCUAGUUAUGCCUCUCAGAGUUGUUCCUGAAAGGCUUCCCUCCGCAAGUGUUCCACUACAUAGCUUUCACCUAUCCAGUCAAUGUCAGAUCAGUGAGAUGGGAGGGGAGGAGGCAUGGCCAUUGUGUAACCCAGGCCAGACUGAGGACUGAGGAGAAGGUCUGUGGCAGCAGUCGGUGUGUGAGAAAGAGUUGGGGGUUAGUGAAGGGGAAAGGGAUGUGAAAGCUGCUAAAGCAUUCACACACACAGUGAGAGGCAAACACAUGACGUACUUGUUGGAGCAUUCCUGGAUUAUUGCUUAAAGAUGUCUGUCUGUCUGUCUUUCACUGCCUCUCCAUCUCUCUCCAUCUCCCUCAUGUUAGACAACCUGAGUGUGAGAAUGGGAAGGGGAAACCUAUCGAACAUUAGCAACGUUUCAGUAUCAAACAAGGCUAAUCAUCUGAUAUUGAUGAGUGUGUGUGUGCUGGAAACAUAUGCAUGGUUAUUCAGUAUGAUAGAAUCUGCUUUGGCCAAGCUCUGUGUUCCGAUGGGAAUCUGAUUGGUUGGGAUGUAUUAUCUGUUACACACACACUGUUCUGGUUCGGGAUGGCCACAUUCCCCGGAGCAUUACACAGAGGAAGAAAAGAAAAGAGAAGGUGAGACGUAAUGUAAAAAUUAUACAUACACACAUUCAGAGCAAUGAGCUGAACUCAUUUGUUAGUUGCAGAGCUCUCUCUCUCUUUCUCACAUACUGAAACUAAUAGUAUGUGUUUGUGCCUCUCUGAAAUGGCUUGUUCCUCUCAUCCACUCAUCCCUUCUUUUCUCUCUCUCUGUAGGUGGAGGAGGGAAGCGGAAAGGGAGGAGUAAGAAAUGGAAGGAGAUCCUUCGCUUCCCCCACAUCAGCCAGUGCACUGAGCUGGGCAACAGCAUCGGUACAUCAUUGUGUGUGUGUGUGUGUGUGUGUUUUUGGUUUUACUAUCCUUGUCGGGAUCAGAAGUCCUCACACAAGGAUGGUAAAACAAGGAAAAUUCUGACAAGUGGGGACAUUUCGCCAGUCCCCACAAGGCAAAAGCAAUUUUAGGUUUAGGGUUAGGUUAGGGGUUAAGGAAAAUGGGAUUUUGAAUGUGACUCAAUUGUUUGGUCCCCACAAGGAUAGUAAAACAAACUUGUGGGUGCAAGUAUUACAUAUGUGUCACGCUGCUGCAGUGCUGUUAAUGUAAGUGAUUGUAAACGUGCCUGGGUCUUUCCAAAUGUGUGUUAUUUCUACAGACCAGAUACUAGUGUUUGUGUGUGUGUGUUUGUUUCUGGCAGAUCGGGACUACAUGAGCCUGUGUGAGAAACAGCCCAUCGGCAGACUGCUUUUUCGCCUCUACUGUGAGACCAGACCUGAACUGCUGCGAUGCAUCCACCUACUGGACGCCAUGGUAACACACACACAGACACACACACUUUUAAAUGCAUUCACUUGGAUUAAACAGUCAUCCAAAAAGCACUAGUCAUGCUCAGUUGACUGAGAGAAGACAAUCAAAUUGAGUAGUGAUUAUAAUAGCAGCCUCCUCCCCUUUACUCAGUGUCUAGACACAGUGUCCCAGAUUACAGGUUUUAGAUGUGAAAAUGCCUCUAAUCGUCAGAGAAGAAACAAUCCGAAUCAAAUACCAAUAGUAACCAGAAGCUAAUAGUAACCAGAAGCCAAUAGUAACCAGAAGCCAAUGGUAACCAGAAGCCAAUAGUAAUCCCCUAACCUUCUCCCCCUGUUUUCUUGUGUCUAGACGGAAUGCCUCGCACAUGACACAUUUCAGUUUUCGAGUAAAGCCCAAAAUAUCACUGUAGGCAUGUGACUGGACAGAAUGAGAGGAUUGUUUCUGGUCAGACCCCCGUCCUGUUCUCACCCCUUCCCACCAACCUAAAAAUGACCAUCACACUCUGAGGGAAACUACCCUCGCCACACAUGCAUACACAAAAAAUGCGCACAUACAAGAAUGGGUCAGCGGCAGAUGCAUUUUUGGAGAAAGAGAGAGAACCGGGAACCGGGAAAAUAAUGAAAUAAGAUAUUGAGAUUCCAUCACCCAAAUACUCUUGUUGGGUCAUUUGAAAAGUUCAUAAUUGAUGGACAGGUACAGUGAGGGAUAAAAGUAUUUGAUCCCCUGCUGAUUUUGUACGUUUGCCCACUGACAAAGAAAUGAUCAGUCUAUAAUUUUAAUGGUAGGUUUAUUUGAACAGUGAGAGACAGAAUAACAACAAACAAAUCCAGAAAAACGCAUGUCAAAAAUGAUAAUAAAUUGAUUUCCAUUUUAAUGAGGGAAAUAAGUAUUUGACCCCCUCUCAAUCAGAUAGAUUUCUGGCUCCCAGGUGUCUUUUAUACAGGUAACGAGCUGAGAUUAGGAGCACACUCUGAAAGGGAGUGCUCCUAAUCUCAGCUUGUUACCUGUAUAACAGACACCUGUCCACAGAAGCAAUCAAUCAAUCAGAUUCCAAACUCUCCACCAUGGCCAAGACCAAAGAGCUCUCCAAGGAUGUCAGGGACAAGAUUGUAGACCUACACAAGGCUAGAAUGGGCUACAAGACCAUCGCCAAGCAGCUUGGUGAGAAGGUGACAACAGUUGGUGUGAUUAUUCGCAAAUGGAAGAAACACAAAAGAACUGUCAAUCUCCCUCGGCCCGGGGCUCCCUGCAAGAGUUGCAAUGAUCAUGAGAACGGUGAGGAAUCAGCCCAGAACUACACGGGAGGAUCUUGUCAAUAAUCUCAAGGCAGCUGGGACCAUAAUCACCAAGAAAACAAUUGGUAACACACUACGCCGUGAAGGACUGAAAUCCUGCAGCGCCCGCAAGGUCCCCCUGCUCAAGAAAGCACAUAUACAGGCCCGUCUGAAGUUUGCCAAUGAACAUCUGAAUGAUUCAGAGGAGAACUGGGUGAAAAUUUUGUGGUCAGAUGAGACCAAAAUCGAGCUCUUUGGCAUCAACUCAACUCGCCGUGUUUGGAGGAGGAGGAAUGCUGCCUAUGACCCCAAGAACACCAUCCCCACCGUCAAACAUGGAGGUGGAAACAUUAUGCUUUGGGGUUGUUUUUCUGCUAAGGGGUCAGGACAACUUUACCGCAUCAAAGGGACGAUGGACGGGGCCAUGUACCGUCAAAUCUUGGGUGAGAACCUCCUUCCCUCAGCCAGGGCAAUGAAAAUGGGUCGUGGAUGGGUAUUCCAGCAUGACAAUGACCCAAAACACACAGCCAAGGCAACAAAGGAGUGGCUCAAGAAGAAGCACAUUAAGGUCCUGGAGUGGCCUAGCCAGCCUCCAGACCUUAAUCCCAUAGAAAAUCUGUGGAGGGAGAUGAAGGUUCGAGUUGCCAAACGUCAGCCUCGAAACCUUCAUGACUUAGAGAAGAUCUGCAAAGAGGAGUGGGACAAAAUCCCUCCUGAGAUGUGUGCAACCUGGUGGCCAACUACAAGAAACGUCUGACCUCUGUGAUUGCCAACAAGGGUUUUGCCACCAAGUACUAAGUCAUGUUUUGCAGAGGAGUCAAAUACUUAUUUCCCUCAUUAAAAUGCAAAUCAAUUUAUAACAUUUUUGACAUGCGUUUUUCUGGAUUUUUUUGUUGUUAUUCUGUCUCUCACUGUUCAAAUAAACCUACCAUUAAAAUUAUAGACUGAUCAUGUCUUUGUCAGUGGGCAAACGUACAAAAUCAGCAGGGGAUCAAAUACUUUUUUCCCUCACUGUAUGAACAAUGUCCAAAGGAAUGUUUGUGUGUUGUAUUUUUUGUGUGUGUCCAUGUGCUUCUAAUGUAUAAGCUAGGGUGUUAGUGAGGGAAAAUAGCACAGUAGCUAGCGAUAGAGAGAGAGAGAUGUGUAACAGCAGAAGGAAUGCGCCUGGGGGUCCCUGUGUUUCCUCUGACGUCAGUGCAGGAGGGAGGGGUGUAUGUGUGAAUGCUGCCGAAUUAUGAUGGGCUAUUGUUGGCAAGAGACUGCAUUGUAAGACACAACACACACACACUCACACAGAAUGAGCCACCCAAUUGUUAGCCGAAGGGGUUAGCCGAAGAGAAAUGGAAACGCCCCCUUGGCCUUUUGGCAGACUUACACACUCACACAGGACAGAGUAACAGCUCUAAUGGCAGAAGUAUGUCCUUUUCACUCUAUGCCUUUCUUUCUCUGUCUGUGUCUCAGAGCAGAGUAGACCAAUAUAGAGGGCCACAGCCAGGGUCAGGAGAGAAGUUCUAGGUGUGUGUGUGUUGGGGGGGACACACUGACACUAAAGGACCUCGCGGAAUCCUGCCGUGUUGACUAUGUGGUUGCCAGGCAACACAGGGUCACAUAUGGGGUCCCAGGCAGCGUGUGUGUCAGAGAGGGAGUGUGUCUGUUAAUAACAGAUUGUGGGUUAAAGAGGUGUUUGUGUGUGUUUCAGGGCAGGUGGGCUAGUGGAGAGUCUUGCAUAAAGGCGCUGCGUAAUAGGUUCGGUUUGCUUCUAGCAGAACUCAGUUAGGCGACACAGACGUCUGUAUGCAAGGCAUGCGACUGACAGACGUUCGCGUCGCCUUCCUCAAAAUAGUCAGAAUGAAUCUAAGAUAAACCAAGAAAUCUGUAAUUAAUUUAGACAUUUUUAGUCGCAUAAUUUUACAUCUAACUAAGAUGUUUGGAGCAGUAUUUCUCAAGUUAAAAAAAAAAUCAUGAAAACUAGUCGUCUCAUUGAAUGACAACAAACACUUCAUCCACUAGUUACCCCAGCCACAAAGUCAAAAUUGUCUAUAUCGUAAAAAUCUGUUAUGUCGAACAGCCUAAAAAAACCUGACGAACACCAAAGCGAACAAAGACGUCACAAGAUUUCAUAAUAAUAUAUGCGCAAACUGUUUUGACUGGGAAGCAUGCGACAGGCUUAAUCAAAUCAAAUAAAAUGUUAUUGGUCACAUACACAUAUUUAGCAGAUGUUAUUGCGGGUGUAGCAAAAUGCUAAUAGAAUAGAGAGGCGAGAGAAUGAUCAGGGAGUGAAGGAUUAACACCUACUCACCACGAGACUAUGCCCCGGCCCCUAGCAAUGCUGUACCACUCAGUGCUCUCGCACUCCUGGCUGAUAAAUACUGGAGGUGCUAAGGAUAUAGAUAAUGGCUGAUCAUUUCAACUCAAGGCAGUCCACACUGUUCUGGUCUAGUCGCAUGCUGCAUGUUUGCACAACACUGAAAGCCACACAAUAAUGUCAUUCAAAACAUGAUCUCGUCCAUACAUUGCCCCUGAUUAUGGAAUAUUAUUGUAUGUCCAGUCACACCUGGCUCGAAAUAGUAUGUUUUUUUCUUUCAAAUACUAUAGUUGCAUACCCAGGAUGCCAGUUGGAUGCGGUUUGCAGUUUUGGGACUAUUCCAUUGGUUGAAUUAUGCUGGGCAAGAUAAAACGAUAGUGCAUUAAGUUUUUCAAAGAAAACAAAUACUAUUUGGAGCUAUUAUUAUAUUAUGAACUGUAAGUGUAUAAUGAUGUUGUGUUCUUUCAGGACGACUAUGAGCUGGCGCCUGAUGAGAAACGGAAAAGCAGAGGAGGUGAAAUCAUUGGGAAGUUCCUCACUAAACAGGUGAGUGAGUCUUUGUAGGGGGAUUGAUGAAUGUAGAUAGGUCAACAACUGUUAGAGCUAUAUAACAUGUUUGUUUGUCAACUAUUUUGUUAACUAUUUAGCAGACUUGGUGCAUUGGUACCGCUUGCAUGCGGUAGCAGAGAGAACAGUGUAUGACUUGGGUGGCCGGAGUCUUUGACACUGCCUGGUAUAGAGGUCCUGGAUGGCAGGAAGCUUGGCCCCAGUGAUGUACUGGGCCGUACGCACUACCCUCUGUAGCGCCAAGCAGUUGCCAUACCAAGCGGUGAUACAGCCAGUCAAGAUGCUUUCAGUGGUGCAGCUGUAGAACCUUUUGAGGAUCUGAGGGCCCAUGCCAAAUCUUUUCAGCAUCCUGAGGGGGAAGAGGCGUUGUCGUGCCCUCUUCACGACUGUGUUGGUGUGUGUGUGUGUACCAUGUUAAUUCCUUAGUGAUAUGGAUACAGAGGAACAUGAAGCUCUCGACCCACUCCACUACAGUCCCAUCGAUAUGGACGGGGGCGUGCUCGGCCCUCCGUUUCUUGUACUCCACGAUCAGCUCCUUUGUCUUGCUGACGUUGAGGGAAAGGUUGUUGUCCUGGCACCACACUGCCAGGUCUCUGACCUCCUCCCUAUAGGCUGUCUCAUCGUCUUCGGUGAUUAGGCCUACAACACUAAUUCCCAUUUGUGUGUGUGUGUGCGUGCGUGUGUCUGUGUAGUCGUCAGAGUGUGUGGAAGCAGCAGAGAGCCUUGCUGAGCAGUGUAGAGAGAACCUGGAGCUUCACCCCUGCAAGGAGAUCUUCAGUGACUGUCGCAAGUAAGGGAAUCUUUCUUUGGUCUCACUCCUUUUUGUCAACUAUGAUAUUCUUAUUAAGAAACAGCUUGUCCUUAGCUUAUCCCUAGCCUCGUCCCAUACUCUAUAUGCUGUAGCCAACUCUUAUAUCAUUUCUAUCAAGUUGCUGACAUAACGAAGCUUCAAAGGUGACUUUGAUUAACACACUAGUAACAGUGGGAGAAAUUAAGUGGUUGUUGUACCAGGUGUAUAUGCAAUGUGUGCAAGGGCCUGGGGAUGAGGUUGCGUUUGACAAUGAAGGAACACCGAGAGGAGUUGGCUAAAGAACAAACACACUGGACCACCAGCUGGCUUACCUCCUACUGUAACUGAAGCUGUUGUCUGUUGUCUCAGGGCUUUUAACCUUUAACCUUUUGUUUGUUGUCUGUUCUUUAGGGCUCUCCAUGACUACCUGAGAGGAGCUCCCUUCUCUGACUACCAGAACAGCAUGUACUUUGACCGUUUCCUACAGUGGAAGAUGCUGGAGAGGUGAGUGCUGCUUAAACUCCUACAAAAUCUAAUAGAAACUGAUGUUUUCAGUGAUUAUUGAAUAGCACAGAGCUAGCUUGGGGGCCAUGGGUGCGACCGCCCUAGGGCCCAAGCACCUAAUUUUUCAAUGAUGAUGUAGCCUACCAAAAACCAAAGUAAAAGCAUUCUUUAAAGUUGAGAUCCACAAUAGGCACAACGGCGUCACUGGCCGCCAAAGCGCAUUUGUUAUUGUUUUUGUUAUGAGGAAAUGAGCAUCCAGCAUGGUGGUAAAAAAAAAAUCGUAGUACAUACUCUGCUGUUCUAUCACGCGUGCAAUGAUUUCUGAGGGGAAAAAAACAGUGAAGGUUGUUUAAAGUAACGUCUUUGUUGUUGUAAUACCGCAAUGGAUUCCAGAUUUAACACCAUAAAACAUGGAAAAAUGAACAGUACCAGUCAAAAGUUUGGACACACCUAUUCAUUCAAGGGUUUUUCUUAAUUUUUACGAUUUUCUACAUUGUAAUAGUAAAGACAUCAAAACUAUGAAAUAACACAUAUGGAAUCAUGUAGUAACCAAAAAAGUGUUAAACAAAUCAAAAUAUAUUUAUAUUUGAGAUUCUUCAAAGUAGCCACCCUUUGCCUUGAUGACAGCUUUGCACACUCUUGGCAUUCUCUCAACCAGCUUCAUGAGGUAGUCACCUGGAAUAAUUAACAGGUGUGCCUUGUUAAAAGUUAAUUUAUGGAAUUGCUUUUCUUCUUAAUGUGUUUGACCCAAUCAGUUGGGUUGUGACAAGGUAGGGUUGGUAUACAGAAGAUAGCCCUAUUUGGUAAAAGACCAAUUAUGGCAAGAACAGCUCAAAUAAGCAAAGAGAAACGACAGUCCAUCAUUACUUUAAGACAUGAAGGUCAGUCAAUCCGGAAAAUGUCAAGAACUUCGAAAGUUUCUUCAAGUGCAGUCGAAAAACCAUCAAGCGCUAUGAUGAAACUGGCUCUCAUGAGGACCGCCACAGGAAAGGAAGACCCAGAGUUACCUCUGCUGCAGAGGAUAAGUUAAUUACAGUUACCAGCCUCAGAAAUUGCACCCCAAAUAAAUGCUUCAUAGAGUUCAAUUAACAGACACAUCUCAACAUCAACUGUUCAGAGGAGACUGUGUGAAUCAGGCCUUCAUGGUUGAAUUGCUGCAAAGAAACCACUGCUAAAGGACACCAAUAAGAAGAAGAGACUUGCUUGGGCCAAGAAACAUGAGCAAUGGACAUUAGACCAGUGGAAAUCUGUCCUUUGGUCUGAUGAGUCCAAAUGUGAGAUUUUUGGUUCCAACUGCCGUGUCUUUGUGAGACACAGUGUAGGUGAACGGAUGAGCUCUGCAUGUGUGGGUCCCACCGUGAAGCAUGGAGGAGGAAGUGUGAUGUUGUGGGGGUGCUUUGCUGGUGACACUGUCUGUGAUUUAUUUAGAAUUCAAGGCACAAUUAACCAGCAUGGCUACCACAGCAUUCUGCAGCGAUACGUCCAUCCCAUCUGGUUUGCGCUUAGUGGGACUAUCAUUUGUUUUUCAACAGGACAAUGACCCAAAACACUCCUCCAGGCUGUAUAAGGGCAAUUUGACCAAGAAGGAGAGUAAUGGAGUGCUGCAUCAGAUGACCUGGCCUCCACAAUCCCCCGACCUCAACCCAAUUGAGAUGGUUUGGGAUGAGUUAGACUGCAGAGUGAAGGAAAAGCAGCCAACAAGUGCUCAGCAAAUGUUGGAACUCCUUCAAGACUGUUGGAAAAGCAUUCCUCAUGAAGCUGGUUAAGAGAAUGCCAAGAGUGUGCAAAGCUGUCAUCAAGGUAAAGGGUGGCUACUUUGAAGCAUCUCAAAUAUAACAUAUAUUUUGAUUUGUUUAACACUUUUUUGGUUACUACAUGAUUCCAUAUGUGUUAUUUCAUAGUUUUGAUGUCUUCACUAUUAUUCUACAUUGUAGAAAAUAGUAAAAAAUUAAGAAAAACCCUUGAAUGAGUAGGUGUGUCCAAACUUUUGACUGGUACUCUAUAUAUAAUAUGAUAUAUUAUAUGAUUUCAUUAAACCCUGGAAUUUGUCUGAGCUGGUGUUGCUUAUUUUAUAAAGCAAUGUACAGCUUUCUGUCGCUAUACCCCCUUGAGGGGCCCGCUGGCCUGGGACUGGCAACAAUUCGAGGGAAAAACACAUUCUAAAGUGCAUCUGCUGCGAGCGGUUGCAUAUGACAGAGGCAAAAUCUAAAGAUGCAACAACUAGGAUGGUUGCUAAUAUGACUAGGAUUGUGCAUCUGGCUUCUGGACAACGAAAGAAAGUUGAUGUGGAAACAAAUAGAACAGGACAUAAAUGCUGGUUUCAAUGGCAUAUGAGGAAGUCUUUAUUAAAUAAUUCACAUUUCUAAGUUUGGAUUUUGGCAAGGCCACUUUGAAUCAAUAGGCUAUGAAGUAAAACUUCCAGAUUACAAACAAUUAAGUAUAUAUUUUCAACAUGCAGACUGCCUACAGCUCAGAUUGCAAACCAUGCCAGAUAGGCUACUCUGGUUGUAGGCCUAAUAAGUUGCAAUUUGCUUAAUAUUAAGAUGAGUUGAGAAAUAAAUAUAGUAGCAAUAGAAAGCUGGGAUCCUCUUUUAGUGGACAUCAAAACUCUAUCACACUCGAUUGCAUGUAGAAAUGUUGUGCAUUGACUGGGCUUAUAAGAACACGUUUGAGGAGCUGUCGCUGCACACUCAAACUAGGCUCUGUUACCCGACCCGAGCCCGACGGCCCCGACAUUAUACAUCGGGUUAGGGCCGGGUACGGUAUCACUAAAUUGAUCACUAACAUUUCGUAGCUGAGCCAUUUGCUCGUGCUCUGCUGCGCAGUUGAGUCAUAUCUGACUAAGAUCAUAACAUGGUGUCAGAAGUGCUUCAACCUCAUCAAAUAUAAAACAGGAGAGAUUAUUUCACAGAAAAUAAUAAUGUUCCUUGAGUUUUGUCGGAGUUUAGUGAUGAAAAGUAGCCAACAGCUAACUGCUGUCUGAUGUAUCUUCUUUGAGCAGAGCAGCCCAACUGGAGCCGUUGCUAUGGAUACUCACAGACUUAGAGCCGCCAUGAGCAGAACGCAUGCAGAGCGAGCAGGGAGCGAGUGAUGGACAGAGAGAAGCAGCUAAUGGAUUUACUAAUGGAGGAAGUUAUUUCUCAUUUCGGGCAGGGCCUUAAAUUUAGCAGAAGCAGGGUAGGGCCUGGGUAGAGUAGGGCCUGAACGUUGUGGGCAUGGGUAGGGUUCGGGCUUAAAAUUGAUGCCCAUGCAGGGCUCUAGUAUGCGGUGCGCAUGUGAUAAAAUAAGAUACAUGACGAACUAAUGAAAAUACACGCACAAAUUUAUUUGCACUCAUUUAUGCAAAUCAACCUAUAGCUAGACCGGUAACCACGACAGGUAAAAAAAAAUCUGCGACUAACAGUUACGCCUUACUGUUAACAUCCCUAGUGAUGAUGCCUAGUUUGCGUUUGCGUUUAUGAUAGGACAUACCAGCUAUUCAUUUAAUUGAUUUGGUCAGAAGGGCCCCUCUAGAGCACCCCUCCCCUUCUGUGGUGAGACGCUCUAGCUCUGCGCCUGGUACUAUGUUAUCCAGCUGUACAUUAAUGACUGAUGUGUUUUCAGGCAGCCAAUAACUAAAGACACGUUUCGACAGUACCGAGUACUGGGGAAGGGAGGAUUCGGAGAGGUGAGGCACAAUUUUCCAUUUAGAGAAUUAUUAGAGAAUUGUGUGUGAGAUGAACUGGCCUAUGAUAUAAUACUGUGUGUUCUCUCAGGUGUGUGCGUGCCAGGUGCGAGCCACAGGGAAGAUGUAUGCCUGCAAGAAGCUGGAGAAGAAGAGGAUUAAGAAGAGGAAAGGAGAGUCCAUGGCCCUUAACGAGAAACAAAUACUAGAGAAGGUCAACAGCAGAUUUGUUGUGAGUCUCUUCCUAUUAUUUGGACACAUGACCAUACAAUACAUGUAGACACUCUUUCACUUUAUUCUCUCUCUCUCUCUCCAUCUAGGUGAGUUUAGCAUAUGCCUAUGAGACCAAAGAUGCUCUGUGUCUGGUGUUGACCUUAAUGAAUGGAGGAGAUCUGAAGUUCCACAUCUAUAGCAUGGGGACUCCAGGCUUUGAGAAGGACAGGGUCCAGUUCUAUGCUGCCCAGAUCUGCUGCGGCCUGGACCACCUACACCAGGAAUCCAUUGUCUACAGGUGACAGCUUUUUAUCAUAGCACCUACACUCACCAGAUUCCUCACAAGUUUCCCUUAACACAGAUUUAGGUUCACAUUGCAACAAAUCUAGGAUCAGAUGGGGGCAACUAACUUCUACCUACUCCUACCUUUAGCAAAAUUAGCAGUUGAUUCUUCUGAUUGUCAUUCACUAUACCAAUGUCUCAUGAGAUCACGUGAUGUCAACACAUUGGUUUUAGUCCCAAUGUCAAAUGCCCCAAAUAAACGUUGGUUUUUAUUUUUUUUCAGGGAUUUAAAACCAGAGAAUAUUCUAUUAGAUGAUAACGGUGAGUUUCUCUUACUACUGUACAGUAGCCUAACUACUGGGAUUAUGUAUUUGAACUCAGAGAGGCUCUCUGUUAAAUAGGACUGUUCUUUGACCCCUGACCUCUCUGCCCCUGUGCUGUAGGACACAUCCGGAUCUCAGAUCUGGGCCUGGCCAUCAAAGUGCCUGAAGGGGACCCCAUACGAGGCAGAGUGGGAACAGUGGGCUACAUGGGUAAGACAGCUCACCUUCAUAUGUUAUUACCACACAUUAUAAUUCAUUUAUAAUGCAUCAGAAUACAAUACACAUAGGAUAUACACAUCGGACAAAAACCGGACACAUUUUUUACCAUACAAAGAAGAUAUUAUCAUCAAAUCUGUUGUACUCUGCUGUGUGUGUAGCUCCGGAGGUGAUCAACAAUGAGCGCUAUGGGAUGAGUCCAGACUGGUGGGGGCUGGGAUGUCUCAUCUACGAGAUGACCGCCGGACGCUCACCCUUCCGCGCACGCAAAGAACGAGUGAAGAGGGAAGAGGUAGAGAAGAGGGUGCAGGAGGAAGAGGAGGAGUACAGCGACAAGUUUACAGAGGACACCAAGGCCAUCUGUAGGGUGGUGAGAGCCCAUUGAUUGAUUGACAAGACGUAGGCCUAGUUAGUGUCAUCAGAAACCUCACACUGUAUUGGGUAGUUACCCUGAGUACCUGAUCUCAUGAUAUUUGAAAAUGACCGACUGUACAUUGCAUAAUCUCUCCCCUGUCUCGCUCUCUCUCCCCCGUCUUGCUCUCUCCCCCGGUCUCUCUCUCACUCUCCCCCGUCUCCUCUCUCUCCCCCGUCCGCUCAUCCUCCAAGUAUGAUAUCUCUCCCUUAUCAGAUAUUAUUCCCCCCGUAUAGCCCUAUCUCCCCCCCGUCAAAUCAUCUCCCCCCCUAUCUCUCUCUAUCCCCCCGUUCUCUCUCUCUCCCCUUUUCCUUCUUCCCCCCCGUCUUCUCUCUCUCUCCCCCCGUUCUCUCUCUCUCAUCCCCCUCGUCUCGCUCUCCUCCCUCCGUACGCUCUCUCUCCCACGUCUCCGCUCUCCUCCCCCCCUCUCCUCUCUCUCCCCCUCCUUUCUCUCUGCUCUCUCCCCCCCGUUCUCUCUCUCUCUCCCCCCCGUCUCUCUCUCUCUCCCCCCCGUCUCGUCUCUCUCCCUCUCCCGUCUCGCUCUCUCCCCCCCGUCUCGCUCUCUCUCCCCCGUCUCGCUCUCUCUCUCUCUCCCCCGUCUCGCCUCGCUCCCCCGUCUCGCUCUCUCUCCGCCGCUCUCUCUCCUCCCCCGUCUCGCUCGCUCCCCUCUCCCCGUUUUUCUCUCUCUCCUUUCCCCUGGUUUUUCUCUCUCUCUCUCUCCCCCCGUUUCGUUCUCCCCCUUUCCCGCUCGCUCUCUCCCCCAUCUCUCUCUCUCUCUCUCUCUCGUCUCCUCUCCUCCCUCUCUCGUCUCUCUCUCUCUCUCUCCCUCCCCCCCCUCGACGCUGCCCGCCCCCCCGUCUCCCCCUCUCUCUCUCUCUCUCUCUCCCUCCCCCCGUCUCUCUCUCUCUCUCUCUCCCCCUCUCUCUCCAGCUGUUGACCAAAGAUCCUAAUCACAGGCUGGGCUGUACAGCAGAGGGGUCAGCGGGGGUGAAGGCUCACUGCUUCUUCAGGAACAUCAACUUUAAGAGACUAGAGGCAGGCAUCCAGGAGCCCUCCUUUGUACCUGAUGUAAGUAGAGGAGGAGGAGGAGGAGGAGGAGGAGGAGGAGGAUGGCAACUCUGGUCCCUCUUCAGCUCUGGAAACAACACCAGGAAGUGUUUAAUAUGGGAACCAACCAACUGUUCCAAUUGUUUCAAUCAGUUACAUUCAGGACUGGGGGAAUAUGUUAUUUACACCAGGGAUGAUUACCUCUACUCCAAAUGAAGACUCUCAAACGUUUUACUCCUCCCUCCCUCUGUAUCUUCUCCCUCUUUUCCUCUGUGCGUUUCUUCUCUCUCUCAGCCCCGGGCGGUGUACUGUAAGGACGUGUUGGACAUUGAGCAGUUCUCUACAGUCAAGGGAGUAAAUCUGGACCAAACUGACAACGACUUCUACUUCAAAUUCUCUACAGGCUGCGUGUCCAUCCCAUGGCAGCACGAGGUGGGUGAACUAACUGGGACGUCUUUCCCUCUCCUCUGGCCUCUUCUGAGAGGUAGUCUGCAAGGUAACCUGAAAGACUGAAUAAUUGGUGGUCUUGUCUGUCAGUGGCAGUCAUAUACUGUCCUUACACCAUCUCUCUCUGUCUCUGUCUCUGUCUGUCUCUGUGUGUGUGUGUGUGUGUGUGUGUGUGUGUGUAUAGAUGAUAGACACAGAGUGUUUCAGUGAUCUGAAUGUGUUCGGGCCCCAGGGGACCAGACCCCCAGAUCUGGACUGGAACACACUCCCCGAGCCUCCCCGACGCAGCCUGCUGGACAGGAUCUUCAGAAGACAUGUGAGGACACACACACACACACCAACAUACUCAGUCUCACACAGAGUUCACACUACACAGUUACAUCCACACACUGAUACUGAGACGACACAAACUCUCUUUCCCUCUCUCUCAACCCUCCAGCACCCCGAGGUGUCCAUCACCAACAGUCGCGUGUCUUCCUGCAGUGUGAACUCAGUGGACUCCAUGUCAAACUCUGCCCCCUAG